AUGGGCUGGUUCAGCGAUGAUUCUGAUCAGGCAAACUCCUACAACACUUGGAACAGUGCCGAGCCUCGGGAACACGACCCUAGCCUGGUGCAUGAAUUGAUUGCUGGUGCCGCAUCUUACGAAGCUGCAAAGGCCUAUGAGAAUCACUGCGCGGAAAAUGGCCAACCCGCCAGCCAUGCAGAAGCAAAAGAGAUCAUGGCCGGAUUUGCCGGCGCGUUUGUAGACCGCGAAGUCGAGACCAAGGGCCUUGACUUUAUCGACGCCGAGAGGGCUAAAUACGAGGCUCGACAGCACAUCGAGAACGUGCCCCCCGAAUAUGUGGGAUACUAG